UGAAACACACAUCGUUCCCCAGACCAAGCAGAUCUUGAUCACACCUUCACGAUGUUCCUGGACAUAAGAGUACAAAUACUUGGCAAUAUCCGUCGAUAGAUUCGGCAUGGAGUCAAACUGUUGACUCGCUCAUCGACCUUGUUCUAAUAUCCGCUCCGUUCGUUUCGAGUUCUUGGUGUUGUUCCAUUCAGUCGCUCCAGAUUUACCAUUGUCGCCGGCCGACUUUAUUAUCACCUCCUCUUUUCUUUUUCAUUCGCCCAACACUCGCUGAGCCCUAGCUCUUCAACAUCAGUUCCAUUCUCACAAUGAAGCUUAUCUCUGCUGUUAUGGCCGCUCUCGUCUAUGUGGCUAUGGCUUAUCCCACAACCGCGAACAAUAAUGCUCAGGUUGUGAGUCGUCAAAACCUUCAGCAUGACGUUGACGCCAGUGUACCUGCCAUGUCAGAUGCGAGCGGCAACGUCGUACCAUUCAGCAGCACUUCGGUAUUCCAACCUGCUGCCGCCGACGGGCAAUGAGACCAAGGAAUGAGACAGGAGCGAAACGGGCACAACCCGGUGUUCACGGAGCAAGGCUAUUGGGCGUGGAGGCAACGUCGAGGAGCGCUAUGGCGUGCCCAGGAUCGUAGGAGAUAGGCUGUAAUAAGGAUAUUCGACUACCGCAGGAUGGAAUAGAGGAUGUUCUAGGAAAUUGCCCUCGUUCGGCGUUUCGCUGUGAGAACUGGCGGCCCUUGCGGGCUCCGAGAUUUGGCAGACAUCAUCAUCUGCCUAUCAGAGAGAUGCUGGCCGAUGCAAUCAUUGAGAACGCCGGUGAUGAGGGAUGCAUUGUCCCGGUCAAUGCAGGGCGGUCAGGACUUUGAAAUGGUUCGUCAAUGGAUAUUAAGGCGUUUGCCGCGUUUUGGGAGGUUCGAAGUGCUAGUCUGCGGACAGUUUCUUUAAUAUAGUCGAUGUUG